UUUUCAAGCCGCUUGAAACAUCGUUCUCGACACCAGAAAAACAAGAGCAACCUAGGAAUCUGUCCCCUGAUGUGAAAUGGCUUCGCUUUUCCUCUAAAUCCAGUUGCUCACUUUAAAUUGCUGUUAGUGACACUUCACCAAGCCUGAGGACAUGUUGGAGGUAGGGGAGGAUGUGCUGGAUGGGUGUCUUGAAGCUGACACAACCAUGUGACCAGUGUAGAGGGAGCCUCGCAAACAAGGUUUGUGUGGAUGAUGUCAUGGUUUCAGAGUAUCGAUUGCAGGUAAUCACAUUAUCCUCUGCACCAUCACGGGCUGGUUUUGCGUGAAUAAGAAGCCCCCUCCCUGUUGAGGGAUUUGACAUCAGCAGCAGCAUUUUAUUUCCAUUUCUGUCAUGUUCCAUGUGGCAGUGCUGUUGGUCAUUUGACAACAGGUUCCAUUGUUGCAGCUAACAACCUCAGUGGAAAGAGCUUUGAGCUUUAAGACUACUGUGGGUGGAAAUGUGCUGCUGGACGGCGGUCUGUGUGCUGCCAGUGCUUUAUGAGUGCCAUGACCCUAGCUGACUGGGACUGGAUUGCACACAUAGUCCAAAGGCUUGAAUGUGUGUUUAUUAGUUGUUGGUGUGUGUUGGUAUUAUAACAUUUGCUCAAUACAUGUAUUGGUACCUGAACAAAUGACUGACACUUUGUAACAGUCAGCAGUCUGUGUGGUUCAAGCCACUGAGCCUCCAGCUGUGAGAGGUCAUUGACCCUGUGAACCCGUCCAUUAUAUGUGAUCAAAAACAAAAAAAAUGGAAAAAGAUGUUUGAAUUGUGAAAAGAAGAAAAAAAACAAACAGCGCUAAUUGCUGACCCUAGCAAUUACGGGAAUGGUAAUAAACUGAGUGUGAUGACUGGAAGAUUCUGCUGACGUCAGCUCAUCUUCUUACGUAACAUCAGACCCAAACAUGAGUACAAAGCUUCUUUUAUCAAAUCAACGUCAUUUUUCUGUGUCAGCUGACUGAUGGCAUCUUUGUGUUUGCUCUAUUUGUGUGUGUGUCUGUGUUUGACAAUAGACGCAUUCGUGUCACACUUUGUCCAGAGUUACUCACUCUCUGACACGAUGCCAUGUGGCUGAGUGAUUCAUCAACGAUAAUUUAGCCCAAACUUGAAACUGAUGCCGGCUAACAACUUUUCCAGCACCUCCCAAUUUUCCAAUGAAAGAUGCUAUUGUGGACGAGCGUGGCUGUUGCUGUGUGUCCGGACAGAAACAAAGGCGGGACAUCAGAGUCCGAGUGAGGUGGUCGGCAGUGCAGGCUGAAAAAACAUCAUCGCUUGUGUUUGUGGAUACGACAUGGAUUUAAGUGAGCAGGCUGGAGCUGGACCUCGUGAAAGUUGUUAGCUAGUCGACAUGCAGGAUGCACUUGACGGUGAAACCCCCACACGCUACCAUGAUCAAUGUGCUGCCUCGUCUUGUGGAGAAAGCUGCUCUGACUCAGAGGGAAAUCUGUCGCAUCCUCCAUGAGAGCUUCUUCAUGGUUAAAGGUGCUGCCCUCUUCCUCCAGCAAGGCGGCAGCACGGAUGGACCCAGAACCCCAACACACCACAAACAUGCCGGCGAUUUACCUCAACACCUGCAGGUGAUGUUCAAGAUUUUACGCUCUGAAGAUCGCAUUAAACUGGCUGUCAGACUGGAGAGCGGCUGGUCGGAGCGAGUUCGGUACAUGGUUGUGAUCUACACAAACGGACACCAGGACACGGAAGAAAAUGUUCUACUGGGAAUGGACUUUGCAGAGAAGGACAGUAAAAGUUGCUCUAUUGGGAUGGUGCUGCCACUUUGGAGUGACACAAACAUACACCUGGAUGGAGAUGGAGGCUUCAGUGUCAACACGGCAGGGCGGUCACAUGUCUUCAAGCCUGUAUCUGUUCAGGCCAUGUGGUCUGCCCUGCAGGUCCUCCACAAGGCCUGUGAGGUCUCUCGCCGCUUCAACUACUUCCCAGGAGGCAUCGCGCUCACGUGGAUGGCGUUCUACGAGAGCUGCAUCACCUCAGAGCAGAGCUGCGUCAACGAGUGGAAUGCGAUGACGGAUCUGGAGACAACAAGGCCUGAUUCUCCAACCAUGUUUGUGGACAGACCAACAGAAAGAGAACGAACAGAGUGCCUCAUUAAAGCAAAGCUACGUAACAUCAUGAUGUUUCAGGAUCUGGAGAACAUCACAUCCAAGGAGAUCCGGAAUGAGCUGGAGCAGCACAUGAGCUGUAACCUGACAGAGUACAAGGAGUUCAUCGACAAUGAGAUGCUGCUGAUCCUGGGACAGAUGGACAAGGCCACCCUCAUCUUUGACCAUGUGUACUUGGGAUCGGAAUGGAAUGCAUCAAACUUGGAGGAGCUGCGAGAUUGUGGGGUGGGGUACAUUCUGAACGUCACCCGUGAAAUUGACAACUUCUUCCCCGGGUUGUUCUCUUACCAUAAUGUCCGAGUUUAUGACGAGGACGCCACUGACCUGCUGGCCCACUGGAACGACACCUACAACUUUAUUGUGAAAGCCAAGAAGAACAGCUCCAAGUGUCUGGUCCACUGUAAGAUGGGAGUGAGCCGCUCUGCCUCCACAGUCAUAGCUUAUGCAAUGAAGGAGUUUGGCUGGUCUCUGGAGAAAGCCUACAACUUUGUCAAACAGAAGCGAAGCAUAGCUCAGCCAAAUGCUGGAUUCAUGAAACAGCUGGCAGAGUACGAGGGAAUCCUGGAUGCCAGCAAACAUCGGCACAACAAGCUCUGGAGACCUGAAACGGAUGAGGAGGGAUCAGAUGAUCUGCAGGCGUCAGGCCACAGCACAGGCGGGGAAGAAACACCAGUGAUGCGAGGAGAGGAAGCCUGGGGGGGUUGUGGAGCUUCUCCCUGCCGGGUCAUGGGCCUGGAGAUGGAGCCGCUGGACUCUCUCAACUACAAUUACUACUUCAGGCGGUUGUCCGACUCAGCGUUAGACAGCGAACCCUCCACCCCGGUGCGGGGGCCUCCACUGCUGGGAAUGGAGAGGGUCUUCAUCGAGAUCGAGGAUGUAGAGAGAGACGCCUUGCUGGAGGAUGAAGGCUUCCCCAUGGCUCAUUUGGUUCUACCAGGCGAAGGCACAGCUGCUCAGACGUGUGGCCGUCUGGACCCCAUGGAGGACAUGAGACAACGGUUGGAGUUCAGUACUUUGGAAGAGGAAGAUGAAGAGGAAGCCAAGAAGGAGGAAGCAGAGAUGGCGGCCAUGGCUCAGAGUCCUGAGGGUUCCGAUGGGAGGAAGUCGGGAGAAGACUUGGAGAGGAGGGAGGAGAGCCGCCUCGGCUUAGCCAACCUGAACACCAACAACAGCAACCGCCUUGCUGCCAAGCGCAGCUGCCCCGCAGCCUUUGAUGACAGUGCCAGCAGUGGAAACCCUUUAAAAGUGAAGCCCUCCUAUCAUUCCUGUAAAGACUGCUUACGGCUGCAGCAGGGGCGGCGCUGCGACCGUCCAGCCGGCGGCCGCUCUCACCGCCUUAACCCGUCCCGCCACUGCACGGUCCCCUCCAUAUGCAUCCAUCCACCCGGGACCAUUUUCACUUCUGCGCCGAUGCUCCAACCCCUCCCUGGUCCAGCAGUGAUGCCCCUGAACCAGGUCCACCACUGCGCUUCGUGCACCCCGGACAUGCCCAACUGCCUGAAACUGGUCACACCCAUGAGCUGCGAAGACAGCAGCGUGGUUGGAUCCGAGGACAUGGAGGAUGUGCAGGCAGAUGUACGGGAACUACACAUGGCUUCUGCUGAGGCUCUGGUUGCGCCUCACAUGGCGCCAUCUGCUGGUGUGACGGAGCUACAGCAGCAAAUGCAAUUUAGUUUGGAACUUGUGAGAGAAUCCUCAGAGCCUCAUGAGAAGCUGCCGGCUUCGUCCAUGGAGCACCCGCUCCAGAUGGGACCGGUGCCUUAACAAAGAAGCCCAAGAGCGAUAUCAUAAAAGAGAUCCAACACAAGCCCUGUGAGCCUGUAAGACAUCUUCUGUCCGGUCAAUAGAGUGACGGGUUUGGACCGUACUGGCUUUAAUCCGCGACAGCCACCUCUGCAUUUACAUGACUGGUCCUGUAUCCGAAAGCAUCUGUCUGAGUUUGUCUCUGCCAAGACAUUUGCAGGAUUAUCAGCCACGUAAAGACGGACAAGCUGCCAUUUUAUCCUUAAAACACUUCCACUGCAGUGGAUCUUGGGACCUGCUGUGAUGUGAAUUAGCACUUUGAUGAUGACAACGUCACCCGGAGGGACACGGCUCUCGUCAUUCAACUCAUGAAGGAUUAGUAUCUCUAUGAUGACGCAGCAACCAAUCGUUUCCUGAAACCGCUGGUGAUCAUCUGCUAUUGCAUAACCACAGCGCGGAGUGACUGCAUCACUCUCGCCAGGAUUCCUACAUCAAGUGUCGUACCUCAGACCACGAGCCGCUGUUUUGUUGUCUUCAGUUCUCCACAAAUGUUACUGCAAUCGUCCUUUUAACCCGCUUGGUUUUGUGCAUGCGAGAUCACUCGCGGAAACACUUGCGCAGUUUCACAAGAAUGACAGGAGGUCGAGAAUCACCAUUUGAGACGAGUCAAAGACGGAAAUACUGUGAUGUUGACAGGCAUUGACACCUUCCCAACAUUAGCUGAAGCCAUAGCGUUUAUCAAACACUGUUGGUGUUGAAUUAGAAGACUAUAUUUUAAACGGUCACUAUCAUCUUAAAGCACCUUUUUGAUGACAUGUUUCUGAAAAGGGUUUACAAACAAGUCUGCACACAAUCUUCAAAAUCCAUGAGUAGCACAAUUCAUCUGGUGUUAAAUCUGCCGAAGGGCUUUUUCAAUCUUGACAUACAUAUCCUUACACUUAAAUCCAUCUCCUGGUCCCUGACUAGCUUACACCCGUCCACAAGUAUGCAGCUUGAUCCUUGAAUUCUUUACUUGUUACAGCUGGACUGUGUUUUUAAAUGCCUUACUUUUGAAUCCAGAAAUCUUGGCACUUGCUUAUGUUGCUCCUCACAUGCAUGAACUCUUCCUUAAAGACAACUAGAUAUGUCUCUUUAGUGUCGCAGAAGAGAUGAGGAGGUUCACCAAGUCCAGGUUUCAUUUAAGACAUUUCUGGCCCAGCAAGUAUUUUUUAGUCAACUUAAAAUUAAAUUCUAUAUGAAAUAAAAGUGCACCAAUGAUCACCAAAAAGACAUGCUGAUAUCACGCUAAUCUUGGAGCCUAAGAUGCAGAUGGAUGUUGGUGCUUCAAGGUGUGUUUUGAGGUAGAGUUAACAUAUUUUUUUUUGCGCUAACAUCAGCCUUUAAGCAAUGAAAACAUAGUUAAAAAGGAGAGCAUACCUCCAUGAAACUCCUUUAAUAGCAUAACACGGUGUUUCACCAGCGACUUACGGCACUGUAUAUGACUGUUUGUCAUAUCUCAAGUCGACUGUCUUAGACAAUGACUUCCAAACAGUCUUUACCAGGAACAAAACAUGCCUGACCUGCACUUUUGUCACAUAGGAAUUAUGCUGUGGAAGAAGUACAAAGAGCUCGAUUUAGAGUAUAAAGAUUCUACUUCUUCUUUCUCUUUCGGCUUCUCCCUUCAGGGGUGGCCACAGCGGAUCAUCUUCCUCCAUCUUACCCUGUCCUCUGCUUCCUCUUCUCUCAAACCUACAAACCUCAUGUCCUCCUUCACCACCUCCAUCAAUCUCCUCUUUGGCCUUCCUCUCCACCUUCUCCACCUGAGGCUGCAGGCACAUUUAGUGUUGUGUGGAGGUGGGUUAUUGAGUCUUUCAUAAAUUCAACAGUUUCACAUACAAGAUGUUCAGAGAUCAGUCCUUCAAGCUUCUUAAAUAAUGGGAAUCAAAACCACUUUUGAGGAUCAAGAUGCAUAUUUCCGGGGCGAGAUGAUAAUCUGAAGAUACUGCUCAAAAACAAGAACAAUUGAUGCUUUGACUACCUUGUCAGAUUGUACAAGUCACCAGGUGAGCACAACUCACCACACAGUCAUGUUUCCACUUCACAAUCCAACACACAAAUGGAACGUUUAUCCACUUUCUACUUGACGCGCUUAUUCGUACUUGCAAGCUAGAGUUAUUAUUGUGGUUUUGUUUUCCACAAGUAUGGCGGAUUGUUCAGUAAGUUGCAUUCAAAUGGCCCGUGUGUCAGAGUGCAGUCUGGGGAAAGGGGUUUAUAAUCAAACUGACCAUUCAACCCAAUAGCUGAAAUGAAAAACUUUUUUUUAACCAAUGAUCCAAAGUUGCUACACUACAGUUCUUUUUUUUGCAUUUGUUGACAUUUGAGUGCCCUUACUGGGAUCGGUGCAUACAUGAAAUCACAACAAAGCUUCCUUUGUCCGAGCUCUGGAGCCGCUGGUCCGCUCCGCUAGUUAGCUUGAUUUCAUUUGCUUUCCUCCCGCUUUGCCCUCGUGUGGCCAUGUGAUGCAAUGUAAAGCACAGUAAAUUGCUGUUACAAAAAAUAAAUAUUUAAAUACUUUAAAAUACUCUUCUUAAUUCAAGAAAAAUAAAUACUUGGUGACACUUUACUUGAAGCUCUCAUCUGUGACGCAUCAGCAGUACCUACAUAAGAAAUCAUAAUGCACUUAUCAGACUUCAUAGGUGUUAUGAAUGUUCAUACUCACGUAUGGCAACCACACAGUGUAAUGUUUUGGCAAACUAGUCACUCAAAUUGUUCACCUUACGAUGCUUAAGUAACCUCGCUAUACGUCGCCACUAAAAACCAUUAUAAAUGUUCGUCAUCUAUAUUGAAAGUACUAUAAAGAUGAGACCUUUAUUUAAAGUGUAACCAAAAAGGUAGCACUAUAUCAAGGGUUCGCCACUGGAAGUAGACUCGCUUCUGUGACUCCACAGUGGAUGUUCCAGCAUUCACAAGACCAGAACUAUUUUGUCUUUCUUCAUAUUGUAGUGAGCAUGCUAACAGAGUGCAAAGGCCCCUGAAACAGGAGCGAAGAGAACUCAAGGUUAGGGAGCUUGUGUGACUUAUUUUAACUAUGCACACUACAUAGUUGAGUCAUGACUGACAGAAAUCCAUUUGUGUGAGAGCCCUGAUUUCUCGCCAACUAAGAGGCAGGUUAGAUGGUGUGAUCAUUUUUCAGCCACAACAAUAUAACCAUCAACUUAGUACGCAAGCCCCUCUCCCUCCAGAGCAGCUUUUGUGAGUCUGCAGUGGUCAGUCGCUCUCACAGGGAACUAGUGACAACGCGUUUAGCUAAACAGCAUCACUAUUUCAGCCUCUUGGCUUCCUGUGGCCGGCUCGCAGAUUUGGCCUGUGUAGGCCAGUUCUGAUGCAACGUACUGCAAAUAUAGAUGAGAAGGCAUGUUACAAUUUGAAUUCUUUAACAAGAGCUGUCAAAUCUGAUAUAUAUAUAUAAAUAAAAAUACAGUGAAACAAUUUAACGAUUUAAACCUUCAGCUGUCUUACUUCCUAGACCUGGCUAAUGGGACAUCAUGGGACAUUUAAGAGGAUGCUGUGCUUUUUACUGAAGGGCAAUUCAUAAUGAACAAUAUGAAUUUACAGAUGUAUUGACGGCAGCAUCCUUGGUGAGGAGCGACAGGAUUCUGUCUCCUUAGUGUAGAUAAGGCUCAGGUUUGCCAUGAGUUGGUGGCAUGAAAUAAUAUUUCUUCUGAAAACCCUCUGACAACAGCAUCAUGACAAACAUGAGUUAUUAUUCUUUUCCCUGUGCACUCGAGGCGAUCAUUUUGUGUUCCACUAUCUCAAGCGUCAACAUUUCUGUUCCAUGAGCACUCACACAAUUGCAUCAAUGUUGUUUUUAAAAGUGCCUUAAUCUCGGCCUUAACUCUUUCGCAAAGGCUUAAUAUCAGUUUAGUUGACGGUCCUGCAAGUCGUGCAUCAUCGUCGCCCACUCUGGAUGAUAGCUGCAGUGUAUAACCAGACACAGAGUAUUUAUGUAUGCAAACACGCAAGCACAGCAUUCCCUUCUGUAACACGCAAACUUCCAUAUAUCGAUGGCCUAUAUCAAUAUUGUGUUUGUUUGGUGUUUGUUGAGACGUCUGGUGCAUUGUACUGGUUCAAUAGCUGGCUGAGGAACCUUACAAAGAUGCUGGAAUGAAAGCUACUAUUUAUUUGAUUUCCUUUUUUUUUUUUGUUUGUUUUUUUUUACAUUUACCUCUCUGUAUAUAACUUGAGAACAUUCGCUUGCAAAUGUGGUGGUUAUUGAAAAAUGCACAUCAGUUAUGGCUACUAUGUAUUGAAGAAGUAAUCCUAAUGGUGUUAUAGACAAGAGUCCUUCCGGGGCUGUUAUUGAAAAAAAGAAACAACAUUAAUGACACAUUAAAACCAUGACAUUGACAAUCCCACCUGCUGCGGAGGACGUAAAGAUGUAUCAUAAAUAAAAAGCUAUUCAUGGUAUCUAAUCUGCACUGAAGCAUGAGAGCUGGGAACAUUUUUGGAAAGAAUGUUUACUUUGGUGUGACUGUGCUGUUCAUCGACAAUGUUCCUGUGUGAUGCACUUUUCUUUUUCUACAUUUGGUUAAAAUCAUGUC